AUGAACCACAUACUACAGCGAGCCAACGAGAAUGGGGUCUGUACAAAGGAGACCUGCGACGUGAUCUGGUCUGUCUACGGCUACCGACCAAACCUGGGCUCCGUCAUCUUCUUCAUGGCUGUCUUCACAAUCUCAGGCAUCGUAUCCACAUGGCAAGGAGUCAAGACCAAGACCAAGUUCUUCACCAGUGCUAUGGUCCUGGGAUCUGCUUCGGAAGUGAUAGGUUAUGUCGCCAAGAUCCUCCUGUGGCAAGAUCCCUUCUCGGACACUGGAUUCAAGAUGUCGAUUGUGCUUCUCACGUUCGCACCGGCGUUUUACGCUGCUGGAAUAUACUAUACUCUGAAGCAUCUCUGUAGUCUCACCUUCGGUGCAAGCUUCUCGAGGCUCCGUCCAGCUAUGUACACCUACAUCUUCAUCAGCUGUGAUGUCUUCAGUAUCCUUCUCCAGGCCGUUGGAGGUGCGCUCGCCUCGGUUUCUCAAGAUAAAGCUCUCUUGGAUGCCGGAGACAAUGUCAUGGUUACUGGUCUGGCAACGCAGGUGUUCACCCUGGUGGUCUUUGGUAUCCUUGCUGGAGAUUAUGCUCUUGCCGUUUACCGCAACCGUCAUCAUCUGAACCCGGCUACUGCGCAAUUCCGCCACACUCGCCGCUUCAAACUCUUCAUCCUGGCAUUGUGGAUAUCUUACCUUGGUAUCUUGAUCAGAUGCUGCUACCGUGUAGCUGAGCUGGCUGGCGGUUGGGUCGAUAACAAGAUCCUGCGCAACCAGUACCUCUUCAUCUGCCUCGAUGGAAUGGCCGUGGCUAUCGCAGCCUUGAUACUCAACAUCUGGCAUCCUGGCUGGUGUUUACCCACCGAAGCUGGCGUGGUCACCGAAAAUGGCGAGGUUACGCAGAUCUCCGACCAUGCAACAGAAAAGGUUUGA